CAGUAGUAGUGCAUAAACUUUAGCAUUGACAACAAUUUCAAAACAUUUCCAUCCUGGAAAGUAGAAAUAAUUCAGAUUAGAGUCUCUAAGUCAAGCAAUGGUCUUGUGAAAUUCUACGCGUUUGGGCUCUUCUACUCAUUCCGGGUUAUCCCAGUAUAAGAAUGAGCAGAUAGGUAGCAUGGUAUUGAGUGAACAUAAUUUGGUGAAACUUGAGUUUCUCAUAAAUAUACCUUCUAUUUAUUACCUCUAUUCGAAGAGGAUGCAGUUUUUGGUUUACAAUUUCCAUCUUUUUAUUUAUGCUUUGCUUUUAAUGGGCUCUGUUUUAGAGUUUGGAUGCGUGUCUACACCAUCACAGCUUCAGUUGGAAGCAAACGCUAUAAUCAGUAGUAGAUGGUGGUCUCUGUCAGAUUCAGAUGAUAUCUGUUCAUCGACUGAAGGUAUAAGUUGCAAUGAUGUUGGAAGUGUAACUCGUAUAGCAUAUGAAUAUCCCGAACAACCGAUUGAAUUAGCAACACUAAACCUCUCUGCUUUCAAGAAUUUGGAACAUCUUGAGGUCUCCUAUAGUCUAAAAGGUACUAUUCCAUCUCAAAUUGGAAAUCUUUCAAAACUCACUUAUCUUGAUUUAUCUCACAAUUCUCUUCAAGGUNAAAUACCUGCAUUACUAGGANAUCUUUCAAAACUCACUUAUCUUGAUUUAUCUCACAAUUCUCUUCAAGGUGAAAUACCUGCAUCACUAGGAUAUCUAACCAAUCUAUUGACCCUGAUAAUCUCUAACAACAAAAUCAAUGGAACCUUGCCCAUUUCACUUUCAAACCUCAUGAACCUUCAAAAUAUUGACAUUUCACACAAUCUACUCACCGGUUCCCUUGAACCUUUCUCAGUCGGAUAUUUUCCACUUUUGAAAAGUCUGGAUCUAAGUUACAAUAGUCUUAUCGGAGGAAUUCCUGUGUCCCUACAUAAUGUCCACUAUGUGGACCUUUGCUUCAAUAAUAUGAAUGGUCCCAUUCCAAAUGGUGUGAGUCCAUAUGCACUAAUGGGAAACAAGGGUGUAUGCAGCAACGUUUCACAUAUACAAAUCAAUUUCCAAUUUCAGCCUUGUCCAGUCAACCAGAAGAAACAAAAACGAAGGCAGUUGGUCAUAAUUCUUUUCAUCACCAUAUUUCUAAUCAUGGCCUUCUUACUACUUUUAUAUAUGAGGCACAACUGCAUUGUAGCCAAGAAAAAACAUGAAAUGAUAACUGAAAAAUCUAAGAAUGGGGACUUGUUUUGCAUAUGGAACUAUGACGGAAGCAUAGCCUAUGAAGACAUCAUUACAGUAACCGAAGACUUUGAUCUCAAAUAUUGUAUAGGAACAGGUGCGUACGGAAGCGUCUAUAGGGCUCAAUUACCUAGUGGAAAGAUUGUUGCGGUGAAGAAACUCCAUGGUUUUGAAGCAGAGGUCCCCACUUUUGAUGAGAGUUUCAGAAACGAAGCCAAAGUACUAUCGGAAAUAAAGCACCGACAUAUAGUAAAGCUCCAUGGAUUCUGCUUACACAAAAGAAUAAUGUUUUUGAUCUAUGAGUACAUGGAGAAAGGAAGCUUGCUUUCUGUGUUGUUCGAUGACAGGGAAGCAAUAGAAUUUGAUUGGAAAAAGAGGGUUAACACAGUGAAAGGAACUGCACAUGCUCUCUCAUAUCUCCAUCAUGAUUGUGUCCCUCCAAUAGUGCAUAGAGACAUAUCAGCAAGCAACGUCUUGCUUAACUCCAAGUGGGAGCCCACUGUUUCCGACUUUGGCACUGCCCGAUUUCUCAACCUUGAUUCAUCCAAUCNAACUAUAGUUGNUGGAACCAUUGGAUACAUAGCACCUGAGCUUGCAUAUACAAUGGUUGUGAAUGAAAAGUGUGAUGUGUAUAGCUUCGGAGUGGUGGCAUUGGAAACUUUGAUGGGAAAACAUCCUAAAGAAAUACUCUCAUCACUUGAUUCAACUUGUACAGAUGGUGGCAUUAAAUUAUGUGAAAUAUUAGACCAACGCCUCUCACACCCAACAUUCACAGUUUUGCAAGACAUAGUUGUUGUUGCUAUUGUGGCUUUUGCAUGCUUAAAUCCCAAUCCUUGCUCUCGCCCAACAAUGAAACAAAUCUCUCAAUGUUUCGUGAGUCAGCUCACACCAUUCAAAAUUCCUUUACGUGAUAUUUCGCUGCAACAACUCAUGAGUCAAGUACUCAGACACAACUUAAAUUUAUCAACUUUUUGAAAUCUUGUUGUAAGAAUUUAGAGUCUAACAACUUUACAUGUAGAUUUUGUGGUUGUUUAUUAGAAAACAUUUUGGAAUUCUAUUCUUUUUAAG